UUCUAGUAGGUGUUUGGUAUGGCUGUUUAGCUUCUAGCAGAGUUAUAGACCUCCUCACAGCUACCAUUCAAAUCAUCUUCAAUUUGGAAACAAUCAUUUGAACUCUGACACAUUACCAUUUUGCUAUACUAAUAUGACAGAAAUCCAUCAGGUGGAAUAUCACUACAGGAAGCAUCUUCUACUGCCAUCAACAGAGCUUUCCAUAGUAAAUGGAACUGAGAUAAAGAUACUAAUUAAUUGUAAUGCAGAAAAAUAAUAGUUGCUUUUUCAUAUAGCAUACAAUUCUAACACAGUUUACAUCAAUCAACUAGUGCAAAACAAUAUGGAAGCUUAAUUGAAUAAUCUUUAAGAAGAUAUAUAAUUCAAUUGCAGCAAUUAACACUUACUUGUAAGCACUAGCAACUCAUCCUAGUAGGAGCAUGGCAGAAGAUGGAGAGAUGCAGAUUUCAGAUUCUAACAGGAAAACUGGAGGCUGGAUCACCUUCCCUUUCAUCGCAGGAACAUUGGCGGGAUUGACAAUAGCAAUAGCCGGAUCAAUGUCGAACUUAGUUGUGUAUUUGAUCGAGAAAUUUAAUGUGAAGAGCAUAGAGGCUACUCAAAUCUUCAACAUUGUCAAUGGAUGUAGUAGUCUCCUUCCAGUUAUUGCAGGCAUCAUUGCAGAUUCCUUUCUAGGCUGUUUUUCGGUUAUCUGGGUUUCUUCUGUCUUUUCUUUAAUAGGCAUAUUUCUUCUAAGCCUGACGGCGAUCCUGCAUACCUUGAGGCCUCAACCCUGUGGAAACGGAUCAAGCUCAUGCACCACUCCAACAACUUUACAAUUCGCUGUCUUGUACUCGGGUAUCGCCCUAACUACAAUAGGCCAAGGGGGGUCGCGAUUUGCCAUAGCAACAAUGGGAGCGAACCAAUUUGAUAAUGUCAAGGAUCAAGGGUUUUUUAUGAAUUGGUUUGUGGUGAUUUUGUAUGCAUCAGGAGUAACAGGUGCAACUGUUAUUGUCUAUAUACAGGAUAAUGUAAGUUGGGGAUUAGGGUUUGGCCUAUCUGUUGGUGCUAACAUGGUUGGCUUAGCAUUUUUCCUUUGGGGAAAUCGUUACUAUUGCCAUAUUAAGCUGGAGGGGAGCCCAUUUACGAGCUUAUUUCGUGUUAUUAUUGCAGCUGUUCGAAAAAGGAAAGUUCAACUUUCAUCUAGAAUGGAAGAUUACUACUUUGGACAUAAUCAGGCAAUGGAAACUGAGGUUUCAGAACCAACUAAAAGCUUUAGGUUCCUGAACAAGGCAGCACAGAAGACUGAAGGCGACAUUAAAUUAAAUGGCUCCACCUCCACUGCAAAUCCAUGGAGACUUUGUUCAGUGCAGCAAGUGGAGGACCUAAAAUCUGUAAUGAGGAUUUUUCCAGUAUUAUCAAGUGGGAUUUUCCUGAGCACCCCAAUUGGAGUCUUGAAUAGCUUAACAAUCCUCCAAGCACUUUCUAUGGACCGUCAUAUUGGAUCAAGUUUCAAAUUCCCAGCAGGAUCAGUGAUAGUCUUUGUAUUAACCUCCGCUGCAAUAUCUCUUGCUUUGAUUGACCGAUUCGUCUAUCCAGUAUGGCAGAAACUGACUCAUCGAUCACCAACUCCCCUUCAACGAAUUGGAGCAGGCCAUGUGCUUAAUGUGAUAGGAAUGGCAGUUGCAGCUCUAGUGGAGUCGAAAAGGCGAAAAGUAGCAGUAACCCAUAACCUUAAUGGGGUUGUUCCUAUAUCAGUUUUAUGGCUAGUGCCACAAUUAGCUGUCGUUGGGAUUGGAGAAGCAUUCCAUUAUCCAGGACAAGUAACGUUAUAUUACAGAGAAUCUCCAAAGUCAGUAGGAAGCACAGCAACUGCUAUGAGUGCUCUGAAUAUGGGAAUUGCAUACUAUUUAAGCUCUGCAGUGGUUGAUCUGGUUCAAAAGACUACAUCUUGGUUACCAGAUAAUAUAAACAAUGGCAGGCUAGAUUAUGUUUAUUGGAUGUUGUUUGUGCUUGGCUCAUUAAACUUUGCUUAUUUUCUAAUAUGUGCCAAGUUUUACAAGUAUCAGAAUGUGGAAUAAUUACUUUUUUCUGUCAUCUUUGUUGUACAAUUCAGUCAAAACAGAAUAUGUCAGUUUCUUUUUUUUUU